GUAUCACUGUUAUAACACAGUCAAUACAUACAUACAUACAUACAGUGAGUGUGUGGUCGUCGUCAUUGUUAAAAGUAAGCAAAAAAUAUAUCAUAUAUUACAACACAAAACCACAACAACAGCAAAAACAGACAACAAAAAUGGCUUUAAAACGGAUAAAGAAAGAACUGGAAGACUUGAAACGCGAUCCGCCGGCACAGUGUUCGGCCGGACCCGUCGGCGACGAUCUAUUUCAUUGGCAGGCGACCAUAAUGGGACCGCCGGAUAGUCCCUAUCAGGGCGGCGUGUUUUUCCUGACGAUCCACUUUCCGACCGACUAUCCGUUUAAGCCGCCAAAAGUGGCGUUCACUACACGGAUCUAUCAUCCGAACAUCAACAGCAACGGCAGCAUAUGUCUGGAUAUCUUGAGAUCCCAAUGGUCACCGGCGCUGACCAUAUCGAAAGUAUUGCUAUCAAUUUGUUCACUGUUAUGCGAUCCCAAUCCGGAUGAUCCGCUGGUACCCGAAAUUGCCCGAAUCUACAAGACUGAUAGGGAAAAGUACAACGAGUUGGCCAGAGAGUGGACCCGAAAGUACGCCAUGUGAUGAUCGAUGUGGACGUCUAUUAAUAACAACACAACACAACAACAUAAGAAAUAUUAAUAAUAAUAAUAAUAAUAAUACCCGAAUAAUAUUUAUAAAAGCAGUUUUCACCCGAACCUUACACACACCCGAUACCGCCCGCAGCCGCCGCCACCGCCGCCGCACCCGUGUGUAUGUAUACACUGUGUGUGUGUGUGUGUGUGUGUAUGUUUCGGGUGACCACUACUUUUAGUCUCUCUUUCUCUGUCUUAACUAUUAUUAUUAUUAUUAUUAUUAUAAUUAAUUAAUUAAUUGAUUAUUAUUAUUAUUAAUGUAUGAAAUUAUUAUUAUUAUUAUAAUUACAAUUCAAUUUACAACAACAAAACACACACACCUUUUAAAAAAUUUAUUAAUUAUAAUAUUGUAAUAAAAAAAACAAACACAACAAAACAGUUUUACCAACAAAAUUACAGUAAUUUUUUUUUUUUAAUUAUUUAAUAGUAAUUUCUCUCAAUAUCUAUUGUAAACCUCUUAAAAAUAAUUUACCGGAAAAAAAAUCAAUUGUUUUUUUUUUAAAAAAAAAAGUAAUGCUUACCUUAAUAGCUGCGACUGUUUUUUUUA